CAAUAUAAGCUUACACGGUGCUUAGGGCUGGUCAACUUCAUUAAGUUUAUAUAACACUGAACAGAACCUCUUAAAAAGUCUUUUAUUACAGAAUUGUCUUCUGGUAUUUGGUUCAUCAAUUCCUGUGCCACUACUACUGAGUGAAUCGUUUUGUAUGAGUGAAGAUAAAGUGGCCGUGAGUGAAUUGCUUGGUACCACGUUCUUUGUAACUGGUCUUUGCACACUUAUUCAAACAACACUUGGUGUGAGAUUACCUCUAGUUCAAGGUUGUUCAGCAAGCUUUCUGACACAAGCCAUUACUUUAAUGCGAUCAAGAAAAUGCCCGAAUGUGGACUCAAUACCUGACGGUAAUAUGACGUCUAAUGUGACGUCAUCUCCUAUAUUGCACUCCGGGAGUGAUGCUUAUCGAGAGACUUGGACUUUGAGGAUAAGAGAAGUUCAAGGAUCUAUACUGGUGGCUUCCAUGUUUGAAAUUAUGAUCGGCUGUACCGGAACACUUGGAUUCAUACUCCGGUUCGUCGGUCCGUUAACGAUAACACCAACUUUGACACUCAUUGGUUUGUCCUUAUUCCGAUCUGGUACUAACAUGGCAUCUGGUCAGUGGUGGAUAGCUAUUACGACAGUGGUGUUAUUUACGUUAAGUAGUCAGUACUUACGAAAUGUGGAGGUUCCAGUGCCAGGUUUAUCAAAGCUUAGCUUGUCAAGGCGCCUUCCGUUAUUCAGUCUUUUUCCGAUUUUAAUUGGUAUAUUUGGAACAUGGGCAAUAUGUGCGAUUCUAACUGCAACCUCGUUGUUACCGGAACAUCCAGAAAAAUGGGGAUACAUCGCACGGACGGACAUUGGAAUUGAUGUCCUUAAAGAUGCAAGCUGGUUCCGUGUUCCAUACCCGGGUCAGUGGGGCAUUCCAACGAUUUCAGCAGCAGGUGUGUUCAGCAUGCUUAUAGCCGUCAUCGUGACGAUGAUAGACGCAGUUGGUAACGUGUACGCAUGCGCAACUAUUGCCGAGGCCCCGCCUCUUCCGGGAAAUGUCGUAAACCGCGGAAUCUUCAUGCAAGGAGUAUGUUGUAUGCUAGCGGGUUUAUGGGGGACCGGAAAUGGAACAACGACGGCAAGUGAUAGUAUGAGUAUUAUAGGAAUAACAAAGGUUGCGAGUUUGCGAGUUAUUCAAACAUGCGGCGUAAUGUUAAUGAUAUUUGGAUGUUUUGGGAAGUUUGGUGCUUUGUUUACCACAAUCCCUACACCUAUCAUAGGCGGCAUGCUCAUGACAAUAUUUGGUAUUAUCAGUGGUGUUGGCCUGUCAUUUCUUCAGUUUAUAGAUCUAAAUUCUUUUAGAAAUAUGUUUAUUCUGGGUGUUUCGUUAUUUUUCGGAAUCAGCAUGCCAAACUGGUUGAUGGAAAAUCAAGAAGCCAUCAAAACUGGAAGUGAUUUUUUAGAUCAAGUAUUAAACAUUUUACUCAGUACCAGUAUGUUUGUGGGUGCUGUUGUAGGAUUUGUUCUUGACAACACUAUCCCUGGCACUGAUUCAGAACGAGGUUUAACCGCGUGGAAGGAGCAUAAAUUGGCAGGAACAAUGGACUUAAGGACAAUGAAAAGAUUAAAAAUUUAUGAAUUACCUCUAAUCAACAAGUAUUUUCACAACUCAAGGAUAGCGAAACAUAUACCAUUUUGCUUUAUGUCGUUAUGGCCUAUUGACAAGGUCGCGAAAACAUGUGACAUAUCUUGUGAGUCUGUUAAUUCAGAGAUAAUGGUUUCAAAAGAAACAGUUUAUAGUAUUACAGAUAGUGUAAAGUUAUGAAAAGGGCAUUUUGUUAAAAUUUCACUUUAGACGAUAUGUUUUUGUGUGUAUAUGUUGAUUGCAUGUGUCAUGUUUGAUAAAAUUCUGAUUAAGAUUCACACAAUGUUUAACGACUUAUAUCAUGUCUUUAAAUUUGAAUAGUACUCUAUCACACGAUUGUGUCCAUCAUUGGGUAAAUGAAAGGCAAGGAUAUCAAGGAUAUCCCCUAAUGAUCACAGAUAAGGAAGACAAUGACAUGUCUUAGUUAAAAGAGACUUUAAAGCUGCACGCCUCCAAAUGAACAAAAAUAUUUUAAGAAAAGAAAAAUGAAAAAAAAAGUUCUGAGAAAUCUAGAAAAGUAAGAUGAAUCAAGAUAAAGGUAAUUAUUACCAUGUAAUGUGACAUUUAUAACUGAUUUUACAGUAUUUUUCACCAUAUUUCUACUGCGUUACUAACGCAAUAAGGGUUAUGUUUGCAUAUCUUGACCUCUGUUUUGCUAAUUUACAUGGAUUGUAAGUGAUGUUUGCAUUGUAAAAAUUGUUUUCUUUGUUGACUUCACAAUAAUUUACUUUUUAAUACAUUUUCAUAGUUUUCAUGAAAAUUAGGAUGAAUUUGGAAAAGUGCUGCUUUAAACCAAAGCCCGUAACUUUACAUGCUCAAAGCGGACGUUAUAAUAUCAGGUUAAUGGUCAUUUGUUCAUACAUAUUUUUUUUCUUUUAACAAGCAAUCAUUAUUUGAGUGUUUAAAUCGGACGAAUCUUAAAAUUACCACUGCAGUUAGUACGGUACACAUGACUUAGCCAAUUUGGAAUGCAAAUAAUUUUAGGAAGACAAAAGAAGAUUUAUACGAUUUCGGGUAUAUAGUAUUGCACUUUUCCUCUUUCAAUGGCUUGAAUUUUAAUGUUUAUAAAAAAAUAAUGUUUUACCUACAAUCACGUUGUAUACUUGUGCACAGGUAGUAUACAAGUUCACAAAAGACACAAAUACACGUCCCUUGUCUCGUAUGUAAGAUUUAGAAAAUUAUCUUGUUUUUUUUAUUAAUAUGAACAUGUAUUUCUUAUAUUCAAAUUAUUUUCCGUACAUAACGGUUUAGAAGAAACAUGUUGUUAAUCGUGACAAGUAAUGGACCAUUGUAA